UAUGUGUCAGGGCGAAUCAGACGAGUGUCAUCCUCUCAAUUGUGAAGGAAAAUGUUUGUGUGAGGUUGAAAUGGCGGGUGUGAAGUGGCAGCUCGCACCAGCUCCUCGGGGUUUCGUGAGAUGUAAUUUUGUCGAGGAAAUUUACUCCUAAAUUUUUGCAUUCCUCCUUCUUCCGCCGAGUGAUGCUGCUUCUCGACGACAGUUAACAGAAGUUGCCAUUUAUGGUUUAAAAUCUUGAACUGCAACUAUACAAGACAUUCAGAUUUUAUAUGAGUUUUAAUUUACAUGGAUUAUAUAUCAACAAGUAUUUGAUUAUAAAAAUUUGAACAAUGUUCACAUGGAAAGGAGGACGUCUUCUGUUACUUACUGUUCAAGUUCUUCAACUAAAAAGGUGCUAAAUUCAUUGAGGAGGCUUGCUUGUAUCUGCUUUAUGAGUACACCAGCCAUCAUGUUUUUCUUAUACUCCAAGCUGAAGAUUAUGAAUGACUGCUCAAUUUUAUUGUGUAGAAUCUAUCAUUGCUUGCAAGUACGAGUUCAGUGAUUUUGUGGAAUUCCUUAUGAUGACAGUUGAAAAUUUUAAAAUUGAAAGCAUUUACCCCUUUAUUUUGUAUCCGAUUUUGUUUGAAUUUUGGAAAACGUAAAUAUUAAAAAGUUAAAAGAUGGGUGAUAAGUGUGUUGUUUGUGGUGAGGCGGAUCAAGGGAAACCUCUCUACAAGAAGCUUGGAUCUGGCGAGUAUAAUGUGGAAGUUAUAGUUGCUCUACGAGAUCUUGAGUUGACAAGUCUUCCAGAAUCUGCGAAGGCUGAUCAUUACAUCUGUUGGGAUUGCGAUGAAACCAUACUGCAGGAAUAUGGAAGGUAUCUGGAAUAUGAAGAGAAGAGGAAAGUACAAGAGGAAAAAAACAAGGAAGAAAAAAGAAUAAGAAAGAACGAGCAGCAAAGAAAAAGGAGAAUGCUAGUUUCUGAAAAGUCAACGAAACCUAAACAUCCUGUGAAAACAGUGCCUGAAGAUAUUUAUAUACCAAAAUUGAAACCGGUAGAGGUCCAGAAAACAAAUGACCAUCAAAAAAGCACCCACUGUGUCAUAUGUGACUGUACAUUUGAAGUUGCUAAUCGUGGAUACUACCGUCACACUCUCAAAAAGAUGGUUAAUGAUGACAUGGAUGUAGCUAGUGUAAUGGAAUUUCUUGGCUUGGCUCGUCGUAUAGCACCAGAGGUAAAGGCGAAGCGGUUUGUUUGUAACAAGUGUUUUUAUACCAUACGCAGGAAUUACAAGAACAAGCUUGCUAAAGGUACUUCAAUAGAGUCUCCCUCAGAUGGAAAGGCAUCUAAAAAGAAGCAACCAAUCCACAGAGCAACACCUGAUGAACAUGCUGCAGAAAUUGCAAAACUUUUACCACCUGCACUUGCAGAAUGCUACAAAAUUAUGACAAGUGACACUGUUUGUAGUGCCUCUGUUGAUGUUGAUGUGAGAGGCACUGUAGAUGCCAACAAUAGAAUAGAAGUUAACAGAGUUGAUGCUGAAGUGGAGGAAGAGGAAGGCCUUCGAAUUUCACAGGAUGAACAUGGUAACUUUGUAGUUGACAUGAAGAUAGAAAGUCCAUCAAAAGACAGUAACAAGAUGAAUAUUAACAAUAGUGAACAAGGAUCUAAAGUUACAGAGUCACAUCGCAAAAAGAAAAAUGUUAUGCUUCCAAAGAGACACCAUCGCCACCUUCUAGAAAAUGAUGGUGAAAAAUCUAGUCAGGCUGAAUCUGCUUUGCCGGGUGAGAUAUCUUUGCAAGUCAGUGCUGAUGGGAAGAAGAUUGAAAAUGUUGAUUCUUGCGAAGAUAUGAAUUCAAGAACUUGCAACAUAUGUGGGAGGACUUUUACUGGGAAGCCGGAUACUUGGUGGCAUACCCUUAGCAGCUCACUUACUGGACUGGAAAGUGUCACUGUAUCAAUGGCUUUGCAAAUGCUGGAGACAUCACUUGCGAACACCAGUGAAAAGGCACGGCUAGCCUGUCAAGUGUGCAAUUUAUGUUUUGGCAUGGUAUCAUCUGGUUUUAGACGUCAGGUUGUGGAGAGAAUAGCCAGGCAAAAGAACAUUGAUGCUUCUCAAGUCAAUUUUUCAAAAAUAAAAGUGAGAAUGAUGCGUAAAGAAGACUUGUGUGGGGUAGACGCUCAGAACAUCAGAAAGAAUGGUCUCGAUAAAGAUAACCACAAAACUGCUUCUAGUAAUGACAGUAAUACAAGUAAAUUGCUUGUCAAAGGGAAAAAUGAUUUGCACCAUGCAAAUGAACAAAAAAAACAAAAAGUAAAUAAUAUUGGUGCAGAAAAAAUUCGGGAUUCCAUUCCUGGGCCUCGGUCAUCCACAAAGAAGAAACAUGGGAAGUAUUCUACCAUUAAAACCAAUAACAAAUAUGGAAAGACUUUUGAUUCAAGUAGUUCUGAUGACUUUUCUUAUGACUCAAAUAAUCUAAGUUAUGAAAGAGGGUUAGGUGCUGCUGAACAUGUAACACCAAAGCAUGGUGUGUCAAGUGAAAGCAAUAUUGAUGGAAAGAGGAAGAAACCUGUGGUAAAUCAUAAGGUGCCAAGUGCUGCCCAAUCCGUAAGAACUAAGGGGAACUUCAACCAUCCUCAGAGUGAGAAGAAACAAAACUUACUUACUAGCAGUGACAGUAAAAAAGGGAUUGUGAGCAGUGAAAGUAGAAAGGAAAUUCCAGCCAUUUGUAGUGUUAAAGAGGUUCUUGUAGUAAAUAGAGGAGUGAGUCAGUUUGGUGGUGUGGAUGGUGAUGGUCCUGAUGCAGUUCUGCCAGUAAAUGAGAAAAAAUAUUAUGAAGUAAACAGGAAUUGCCAGUUUUAUUUUCCACUCUCAAAAAUGCAAGAAUCCAAAGUGGUAUUAAGUGAUAUGCGAAGGAGUCUCCCCAAAGAAGCAUUUGAUGGAAGAACUUUACUUGUACAUAAUCAGCCAAAUGGAGGAUAUAAAAUUAGUUGUUCCAAUGAAAGUCCACCAAGUUCUGCAUUUCAGUUUCUACUUAAUGCAGUGUUGCCUCCCAAUUGGUCAAAUUGUGCAAAGAAAGUUAAAGAAAUUAAAACUAAAAAGGAAAAUGAGGGUAUUGUUAGUGGUCGAUGUGUGGUGUGUGCAUAUUUCUUUCAUAGACCCUUAUCCAUGUGGCAUAAUCUACGUGAAGAUAUAAAACCUCCAUCACUUCAGGUUCCUGUUCGCUGGGUUCUAGCAUCCUUGAGUAUUGCUCCUGUUAGAUUGACAGCCAAGGAAAAAGAAGAAGGCAAGGUUUGUGAAGGUUGCUUCUCAAAUCUUACAAAGCAGUUUGAGGAGUUUGUCCGAGUGAAGAUUGGUGAAUCAUGUGAUAUGAUACCAAGUCAGGUUGUCAUAACAGAUUAUGUUGUGACCUUCAAUCAAGAGACGAUGAACAUAGAAGCAGAUCCAGUUGACCUUACACCAGAAGAGGAAGUGGAGGAAUCAUCGAGGAUUGUAAGUAAGGUGGAUUCUAUGUUGAAGUGUGUCAACUUUGACAGCCUUUUGGAUGGAUCCUAUAUCAAUCCCCUGAGUAAAGAAGAUUUUACCACUUGUUUGCUGUUAGCAUUAAAUGAGUUCAGGGUGCAGAUUGGUGUAAGUUCUACUGAAUUAAUGGAUUGGUUACUGCAACUGAUGCCCAUGGAAUAUCAUAUGAAGGGCUUGCAGCCUGUUGAGAGCAAGGUAUUUAUGUUUAUAAACAGUAUCACUUCUGCAUUGGAUGGCUCAAGCAGGGACUUUUUUGAUAAAAUUAGUACCACCCUUCCAGUUUACUUAUUUACGCCCCAUAAAAGUAUGAAAGCACUCAAGAAGACUGCAGAGUGUCCAGAAAUUAAGAAGGAGAUUAAAGAAGAAGUUCCAGAAGUGCAAAGUGACCGAAGUGAGCGGGAAUUGAAGUGGGAAGACUUUUUAAAUCGGGUUAAUAUUGAUCAUUUGCUUGAAGGUAAAGGAAGACCACUUCCAAGGAAGUAUUUCAAUAAUGGUUUAUUGUAUGGCCUGUGGAGACUUGCAGCUGAUUUGAAGGUGGGUGAGGACGUAUUGGGAAAUUGGCUGCAGCAGGUGUCUCCAAUUCCAUUGGAGAAGGAACAUGUGGCGCUUCUGCUUAAAGCUCCUAAACCCAUUCAUGACCAUCUUUUACAACAUCCAGAAGACAUAAGAAAGUUGGAUUGUGUAAUUAUUCCAGAGCCUCCAGCAUCAAGCUCUAAUAAAGGCAAGGGUGUUUCUAAAUUGUCGGGCGAAAAGGAGGAUUCUAAGACAGUUAAUCCAGAUUCAGAAACAAUUCCUGCUGGUGAAAAUGGAAGGCUAAUUUCACACCAAGCUUCUGUAAUGAGUAGCAAGGGGGUUACAAGCAAAAGAAAAGCAGAAUGGUCCACUCAAGAAAAAAAUUACAACAAAAGACUUAGAGGAGUUACUGAUCCUUCUGCAUCAUCUUCAACCCCUGCAUCUGUGUCAACUCCAGCUCCUAGUAAGAGACGUGGCUCUAAAGAAGUUGAUACAAGCAUGACAGUAUCUACAGCAAAACUGAAACCAGAUGAUCAGACUCCAGGAAAUCUUAAAAGUAAUUCUGAAAUAUCAGUGUCAUCACCGAAAGUUGACAUUAGUAUUAGUGAAUCUCCAACAAGCAAGUCACAGCAGGGGUCAGUUACCAAAGCUGGCUCAGGAAUUAGCCAAAAGUUAACUUUAACUAGACGUAGGCUUAAGAAAAAAAGGAAAGUUCGUCGUUUUACCACAGAAGAAUCUCAGGAAAGUAAUAAUAAUGAAAGUCACAAUAGCAUAAAGGAAUGUCAGGAACCAGUACAGACACAAGAAAGCAUUCAAAACGAAGCUAAAGAUUCUGCAGGAGAGAGUGGAUCUGGGGAAUUGGCAUCUAAGAUCAAGGAACUAGAAGAGCAGCUUCAAGCAGUUAAGCGUCAGAAUCAGGAACUUCUUGAGCUCAAUGAGAAAUUAGGUUUGGGUGCCAGCAAAGGAAAACAGAAAGAAAUACAAGUAAAGAAAAACGAGCAAAUUUCACCUUGUAAAAUUAGCACUUUGAAGUCUACGAGUCAAAGUAAAGUACAAAUGGAGUUAACAGCUAUGAAACCCAGCCAGGACAUCUCUUCACCAGGUAAUACUGCAAAGAGACAAGUGAAACUUUCCUUGAAACGAGGAUCACUUAGUUCAUUGAAAGAAGGAUCAGAGGAAGUUCAUCCGCAUGUUCUUAGUACAGACGAAGUUGAUCAGGCAAGCUUGAUGAAAGUGAAUAAAUUAAAAACAAAUAAUAAGGGUAUUGUACAAAAACAUUUGGUACAAAGUGAGUGUUCACAACCGCCAGUAACUUCUAGUGGAGUUCCGUUACCUGUUGGAAUUGACAAGAAAAUAUGUGGAAAUUCAGAAUCACCUUCACCCGAAGAAACUGGUAUGGCUAAUGUCAUAGGAGGAGAGAAGUGUUUGGAGAAAGAUGGAAAAUCAGAAGAGACAUGGGCUAAUGCCAGGGGGAAAGAAGAUGAGACGGAUUUGGAAAAACCAGAGGAGAAUGAAGAUAUUAAAGAUAUGGAAGAAAAAGUUGAAAUGGAAUGUGAAGGGUCAGCUAAAAAACAAACGAGUAUCAAAGACAGAGUGGACUGUGUUGAGAGUGCAAAUGGAAGGGAGGGAUCAGAUGCAGCACAAACUAGUUUAUUAGAAUCUGUAAAAAUUAAACAGGUGCCUUCUCCAAGUACAGUGGCCAGUGACAGCAGUGACAUCUCACAUUCAAAGUUAACUUUGGAUAAUGAGGUAGAUUUGAGAAGUGAAUCUGUUGCUAGUGAAAUUAGGAAAGAAUCUGAUUUAAGAAACAAUAUUACAUUGCAAAAUGAACAGGAAGGAAAUUCUUCAAGUUCUGAUAUGAUUACAGAGGGUGAGAAAGACAUCUCAAAUUCAGAGAGAAGAGAUGAAUCCCCUGGAAACAGCAAAACUUCAGAGGGGUGUACUGAAGUGGAGUAUGAAGACCCCACUUUGCAAGAAAGUUCAAGAGGAGUGUUAGAUUCGGUGAUGGCUUGUGAUAACAAGAUACAGUCUCAUCAUACUGGGAGUGAUCCCAGUUGUUUGGAAAAACCAUCUUUGGAAGAUGACAGAUCUAAUCAGUAUAGUGAUAAAGGGGAAGGUACAUCAUUUGUGACAAAAAGUUCAGAUGUUCAGGAUCCAAAUGAUCUUCAUGUAGAUGAACCAGAAUUUCCAAAUACUCUUCCAGAAAUGGGAGAGCAAGAUGCUGAUUCUAAAUUUGUAAGUCCGCAAGAGGACAAAGUUCAAAUGGAGGGGAAAAAAUUGUCAGAAAACCAUAAAGGAAAUGAUAAAAUUGAAGAUAUAGCAGAGGAAGAAGGGAGUUUAAGUAUUAAGAAAAGACACAAUAAAGAAGACAUUGUAGGGAAAAUACACAAAGGCAAAACUCCAGAUUUAGAGAGAAAACAGAUAAGUGUUGUAGAAUCUGGGGAAAAUGAACAAACUCAUGUUGAAGGUGAGGCCAAAUGUUUUGAGAAAGGUAGAAAGUCAGAUACAGAGGAAGAGAAAACUGAAACAAAGGAAGAUGUUUCAGACAAGAGUGUUUGCCCUCUUAAUGAAGAAAGUUUGAGUGAUUCAAUUUUAAAAGCAAGUGAGCCUUCAGACUCUUCUGUGACAAGUGGUAAGAAAGGAAACUGCUUGGGUGUAGAUGGUAACAAAGUGAUAAGAGGGAAUUUAGGUUGCACAGAAACGAACAAGAAAAGCAUUGAAUUUCCCACCAGAAUAGGAAUUGUUGGUGAAGCGUCUUCUUCAAAGUGUGCAGUAAGAGAGAAAGUUUCUGGAACUCAAAGCAAGAAAAUAAAAGUAAAGAGAGAGACUUUGGUUGGGCAGUUUACUGCAGUUAACAAGCACAAUUUACUUUCAGCCAAAAAAAGGAAAGCUGGUGAAUGUAAAACAACAGGUACCGAUAAUAAAGGGAAGCAAAGAAGAGUAGAUAUUUUAACACCAAGUAGUAGUACACAAAGUAGUAGUACAGGAACUUCCCCAGAUAAAGGAGCUGCAUCGAAAAAAGCUAAGCCUCGUUUUGAAGACUUGAUGACUUACGAUAUAUGAUACUAGGUUGUCUAAAGUUCAUUUUUCCUCCAUGUGUAAAUUUCAUCCAUUCUCAUUUUUCAUCAAAAGUACAUUUGGAUUCAUUUAGUUGAUUUUUAUACAUUUCUAGAAAACCAUUCAAUCAAUUGUACUUUCAUAUUUUAUUUUUUAAGAAGGAUAGUGUACAUUAUAUUUUUGAUGUACGUACUAAGAUUACCAAAGCAAAUCAUGCUACUGUACCUUUUGACCUUUACUUGGGCAUUUUUAUGCCAUUUGUAUAUAGAGUUUCAUUAUGAUUGCAUAUGCUGUUAGAAAUUUUGAAAGGAUUUGGCAAGAAAUAGAAGACCAUGGGCUCUGCUGUUCUUACACAGUAUGUCCAAAUGUUGCUGGAAGAAAAGUCAAAGGAAAAUAUUUGAAUAUUUUAUUGUACAUAAUUGUAUUGUAUUACAUCAUUUAUAAUAAAAUAUUACAUUUCUU